AGUGGUUUUUGGUUAAUUUUUUGUGUGUGGCCGGCAGUGUACAGCUGAUGACGAGGUUUCUACAACUAGUAAAAACCAGUAAUAAAUAUUGUUCCUCAAACUCGAAUCGCUUAUCAACCUCCAAGAUAAGAAUGUCUCCUCAUUGUCGGGUCGGACCGUCCAUCCUGAACGCGGACUUGUCCCAAAUUCAGGCCGAAUGUCACCGUUUGCUCGACGCUGGAGCAGACUUUCUCCACCUGGACGUCAUGGAUGGACAUUUCGUCCCUAAUCUGACCUUUGGUCAUCCACUCGUCAAGUGCCUGAGGUCAAAGGUUCCGGACACAUUUUUCGAUAUGCACAUGAUGGUGGCGCAUCCGGAACAGUGGGUGGAACCCAUGGCUGAUGCUGGCGCGGAUCAGUACACUUUCCACUUGGAGGCUACAAGAGAUGUACCUGGACUUGCGAGGAAAAUAAGAGAGGCUGGAAUGAAGGUCGGAAUCGGAAUCAAACCAGGCACUGAUGUUGAAGAGGUUUUAGCCCAUGUCGAACUAGCCGACGUGAUUCUCAUCAUGACUGUCGAACCAGGAUUCGGGGGCCAAUCAUUCAUGGCCGGCAUGCUUCCGAAAGUCGAGGCUCUUCGGCGUCAGUACCCUGAGCUGACUAUUGAAGUAGAUGGCGGCAUUUCGUUGGCAAAUAUUCAGGCCGUGGCAGAGGCCGGAGCGAAUAUGAUCGUCGCUGGGACUGCAAUUGUUGCCGCGGCGGAUCCGCGAUCGGUUAUUUCCUCGAUGAAGUCGAGCGUCGUGGAAGUGUUCACCAAGGUGCAGGUCGAGCGGUGAUGAUGACGAUUCAUAAUUUUAAAAAACGCUAGCUAAAAGCAAUCUCCAUUCCAUACACUCAUGGGACAAUAUAUUACGUACUACACAUAAAUAAUGUGACACUACAAAAGCAAUAUGAUAAUUAAUAUGAAAAGACUUGUACCUUGAGAAUAAAAAAUACAUAAUUUUGUGUUUUGACUAAAAA